AUGAAAUCUCCAGAAAUACUAUUUACAGAGGCAAUUCUUGACAUUACCACUCCUAAUGGAGUUCUGCGUUGCAUCCCCGAAGAUGUCGAAAAAAUAUUCUGUGCGAGAGCCAGAACUCAAGCUUAUUACGACGAACAACUGUUUUUCUAUCUUAUCGUGCGUCUUUCCUCCGAUUCCGGCAUAAAUGACCAUGCGUCUGCUACUGCCUUUUUUCAACAACUUGAAAUUUUUGCCGAGGCUUCCCUAAUCGAUGGCAGUGUUCUUUCAGCACCAUCACCUCCACCACCUCCAGUUUAUCGCCUUCCGCCAGGAAGAUCGCGGUCCAAUUCUACUGGAACUUCGCCUACUACGCCUACCUCACCAUUACCCACGCCAAUGGACAAAAAGACACCAAAGGUUGACGGAACUGUGAUCUAUUCUUACGUUUAUAAUUCAAAGGCGAAGGAUCGUGAAAUGCUAGUUAUAUCUAGGAAUGAAUGUUGGUGCUGCAUUGCGCCCUUGGCUGUGCCUGUAGCAUACGUAAAGACUAGAGCACAAUCACCAGCUUUGGCCCUGACAACAAUAGUCUCACAGCGAGCACAAACUCUUAUACAAAAAGAUUCUGACGAUUCUAACCCAUAUUCGACUGAUAAUUUUACCACUGUAAAUUUAUUUCAAGGACUCUCGGAUGGCAAUUUGGUAUUCCCCACUUCUCGAAUACAUGCUGCUGAAUCCAAAAGACAAAAUACCUAUCCUAAUUAUCCGAUGCCUGUACGACCUCAACCCAUAAAGCGAACUGUUCGUAAAGUUCUACCAGUGAAGUCCGCUUUAAAUGUUCGAAUGCGAACUACCAGUGUCUCGCCUUUAGAUAAUGUUUUAAUGAUGUCAGUUGAAUUAGAAAAUAACACUGAUGCUGGAAGUGCUUUUGAGGUUGAGGCUGUUAAAGUCGAGAUUGCUAGUGGAAUUGUGACGAAAUACGACUGGGGAAUUGAGAAUAAUGAUAAAUUUCCUUUAACUUUGCACCCAGUUGAUCAAGUUACCUUUUUGUAUAGCAUUACAAUACUUGAAGAAGCUGUCGCUCCCAAAAAUUCACCGCAAUCCUUCCCUCCUCCUAAUCCUUAUGCAUCACGCGCCUCUUCGCGUCGAUCUUCAAUUGCCUCAGUUUUUUCCUCGAGCUCCACCGUUGCUCCAACAGAAGAUCGACAACGCCACGUUUCUAUCGUCGUUCGAGGAUCACCGGCACUGGAUGGUGUUCGCAGUCGUAGUGUUGAAUCGCGUUGGAAUUGCAUGUUAGAUUUGAGUAAUCUUCGAAGGCGUGACGACUCGAUGCCACCACAAAUUCCGGGUAUACCAGGAUAUAAUCAGAGAUUAUCCAUGCAAUAUAAUUCGAUGAAAACACCCACUCAAGCUGCAACUCCUUCCAGACCUGCAAGUAUUUUUUCUCCGGGUGCCAUGACACCUACUCCAACAAAAGGAACAUUUUCUGCGGGUGGGCAAAGAACAUUUGCAGGCUUGCCAACUAUCCCGGAUAAUGAUGUUUUAAGCGCGGUAGGUAAUGGAAUACUCGCCGCUACCAGUAAAAAGAUUGCCGAUAGGGAGACUAGUGACGGUGUUGUUGUGUCAUUUUCCGAACCGCCUAAUAAAAGGGCAUUGAAACACCUUCCACCGUUACCAUCUGGUGGCAAGCUUCCACAUCCGGAGGCUUUAGGGCAUGGACAUUCAACUAUUGAAGCUUUCAUGGAAGAAGCAGAAUUUUUGAAACGAUAUCUGGAAUUUGAAACCAAUGAAGCUGAUAUAAUAUGUCUGGAAAAUAAUGUGCGAAUAGGUCCAUUAAAUCCAUCGACGUGUGAAUCUGUUUCCCUGCAUUUUAUCGCAAUUCGCGAAUCCUUACAUGUAAUUGAUUUGGUGCAACUCGUAGACAAUGAUACGGGGUUUAUCACAAAUCUUCGAAAUGUCUUGGAGAUUUAUGUGGGCAAGGGGAAUAAUGGUAGCGUCUCAGUUAAAUAG